AUGUCGCCCAACCUCGAAGAAACGAGCAGACAGAUUGUAGAGUCGAGCCAGCAAAGCCUUCGUGCAGCUUCAACUGCGCUUCAAGCAGCGUAUCGUAGGAUUCGUCAAAUCCGCCGAAGCCUCGAUCUUUCCAACGACUCUAUGCCGUCGCCGGACCCCAUGGGCCCGAACCACUCAGCUCUAUUGCUGACUGCGUCGCCAAUUGAAGACGAGGGGAGCGAUGCCGAGGAUGGCAUUGACUUUAGCGAUCGACAGGCCCGAGAUUAUCCCCCGUUCUCAUGGUCAGAUCAUCAACCUGUUCCACCUCCCCCACCACGGUCAAGAGGCCUUCAACUCCCGUCGCCCUCUCCUUCUACGAGUGAGCCGCUCUACAUGCCACUCCGCUUCGGUUUGGGGUCCCACGCUCCCCCGCGAAACCAGUCCAUAAUGGAUGAUGCGGCCACGUUGCUGGGGAGGAAUGUUGCCCAGCGCGAAGCUGCGGGGCCGUCCAGCCGCCCACUGGUGGACCCUGGCUUUGAGCACGAAAUGGUGCAAUGGCGAAACAUUACGCGUCGCACUGACCCUGGUACAUCUGCUAGCCGAGUGGACGCGCUCUCACGCUCAGAGCUCAUGCGAAAUGCACGGAGCCUUGACACGGAGCCCCCACAUCCCCGCCAGCAAUUGGCGAAUAUAAGCACCAAUGUGCCACACGCCUGGCCACCCAGAAACAGGUGGCGGGUUUAUCGCCCAAACGAGACACGACAGGGUUCCAAUUCAGUCCAGUCUCCCAGUUCGGCUCAACCCCGACCCCGGCCGCCUCCUACAGACCGGCUGUCGCUGUUGUCCAACUUCUCCACUAUGCAGAAUCUUGCAACCCCAACUUCGACGCUAUCUCGCGACAGACCACUCCUGUUUGAGGAACCUCAAAGUUAUAUCAACUCUCGCAGGGGGUCACGAGAGAUGUUCGAGUCGCCCGCUGAGCGCAACUACUUUAUUCACCGUCGGUUGAAUGCAGACGGGGAUGAGCUGGUGCACAACAUCAACCUGGAUUGGGACGACGACGAUCCAUUAAACUGGAUUAUGCCAAUGAACCACAUGAACCACCCCCCCAACCCUCGAAGGCGUCGGCAGAGAUAUCGUAUUACCAAUACUCGUGACCUGAUUCCAACUCCACCGAGUCCUGAGCCGCGGCGGCGGGGAUGGGCUCGUUUGGACCAAGAUGGGAAUGCCAUACCGUCCGACGAAGAGGAGGAACUUGAGCGAGAGCGUGCCGAGUAUCGUGUGAGGGCCAUGCAGCAAACCCGGGAGGCCAAUCCUGACGCGUGGUCACUGGCUACGCGCCCCACUGUCUCUCAUGACGAAGACGGGCAGUUGAGCAGGGUCCCCCGUGUGCAUCUCAAUGCGGGGCCUGGCGUAGUCCUGCCCCCCAGGACCGGCUAUGGGUCCGUGCUCGACUCCGUCUUGGCAGUGGAUAAUAGACGGUCACGUGCUUCUCGGGUACGAAAUAUCCCGACGGAUGUGCCCUAUGGCUCCGCAGAGCCCUUCGUCGUCAACCCACUGCCGAUGCCACUCCCGCUGAACAAGGGCAAGGGUAAGGCUGUCAAUGGGCCAGGCAUGCGUGUCUCAAGUGGCGCAGCGUUUGCUGGGCGGUAG